UUGUCCUUCCAAAAAUUUAAGUAAUUUGUAAUUAUUUUCCUCAGAAAAACCCCAUGAUUAGGGUUUAUGUCUGGCUUGAAAUUUGUUUGCCAAAGUCUUGCUAAAGAGAAGCCACAAGAGAGAUGGUAUUGUCAAACAAGAAGCUUAAGCAAAAGCUGAGGGCUGCAAUAGCAGAAAAUCUAACAUCAUCAACCGCAAUACCUGAUUCCAAUGGUAGCAAUAAUGAAUCGACGGGACACGAUCUGGAUCCGAAUUCGAAGCCGCACUCACUGAAACAGCUUCUGGACUCCGUUACCCAGAAACCCAGAUUGUCAAAAAGAGAAAAGAAACGCAGAAAAACCCUCGAUUAUUUGCCAGGUACAGAGAGUGUAAAUAGCGAAAAUGGGUGUGGCAAAAAUGAAAAUGACAAGAGAGUUGAUGAAGAGAGCAAUAAAUUUGAAGAAGAGAACAAAGAUGAUAGUGGUGAUAACAAGAAGAAGAAGAAGAGGAAGACGAAUGAUGAAGAGAGAAAGAAACUUGAUGAUGGUGAAGAAGAGAGUGGUGUUGUGAAGCAAGCAAAGAAGUUAAAGAAGAAUAAGAAGAAAAAAAAACAGAAGAAGGCAAAAGCGAAGGUGAAGAAUGAGGAAGAGAACAAGGGUAGUGAUGGACUUGUCGGAAAUGAAGAGCCAAACAAGGAGAAUGAUAGUCAAGUGAACGAUGAUGUUGCUACAAAAGUUUACGUUGGAGGGAUUCCAUAUAACGCAAGUGAGCAUGAUAUUAGAACUUACUUUGAAGGCUGUGGCUCAAUAACAGAAAUUGAUUACAUGACAUUUCCUGAUACUGGGAAGUUUAGAGGAAUUGCCAUUAUUAGUUUCAGGACUGAAGGUGCUGCCAAACGAGCCUUGGCUCUUGAUGGAUCUGAGAUGGAUGGACUCUUUCUGAAAAUCCAACCCUACAAGACGACUAGAGUCACUAGAGCCAAUAAAACACCUGAUUUUGCCCCAAAAAUAAUGGAAGGCUAUAACAGGACAUAUGUUGGGAAUUUAUCAUGGGAUAUAACCGAGGAUGACCUAAGAAAAUUUCUUUCGGAUUGCAAAAUAUCAUCCAUACGUUUUGGGAUGGACAAAGAAACAGGGGAAUUCCGAGGCUAUGCCCACGUGGAUUUCGAUGACAGUCUAUCUUUGUCAAUGGCACUGAAGUUGGAUCAGGAGAUUGUUUGUGGAAGACCUGUCAAGAUAAGUUGUGCUGUUCCUCCUAAGAAAGGAGUAAACACUCUAUCCAGCUCUGUGCCGACAAGUAAUGUGACAACUAGUGAGAUUACUGAUAACAGAGCAAGUAAUGUGGUGACUAGUAAUAUUACCGAUAACACAGCAAGUAAUGUGGCAACUAGCAAUGGUACUGAUAAUGCUGGCGCAGAUAUUGUUAGCGGUAAGAUCAGGAGAAGGACAUGCUACGAGUGUGGAGAAAAAGGCCAUCUUUCUUCAGCCUGCCCCAACAAAACUGCUGAUCCUACAAACUCCAUUACCAGUUGAUAGAAAUUUGAAAUUUUCGUUCUUUCAAAUUGAUUAAGCAGACAAAAGUGUUGUAUCUUUCAUGGUUAUUAUAGGAACCUCAGUUUUAUAGUUUUAGAAUUGGCUCCUUUUAUCUUGGUUCUAUUGACGUUUAAGGUAAAUUCAUGGAGUUGGCAAGGGCAAAACUUAUUCCC